ACUCCACAGCCCGCCAUGUGCGUGCGCACCUUACACAUGCAUGCAUAGGUAUGUAGGUGCAUAGAUGCAUGCAUGCAUGCGCAGCAGCCGAGCCGUGGCCGUGGCCGGCCCUCGCUCACUCGCUCAGAACAACAGACCAGGGCCAGGGCGCAGCAGCAGCCGGAGAUGCAAACUGCAGCAGGGGCCCGUGCGGUGCCGUGCAGCAAAGCAAGCAAGCAGCAGGCCAGCCCAGCAGCAUCGGUGCCAAAAGCGGCCUCCUGCGUCCUCUGCCGCCCCGUUGCACGCACGCACGCGCGCUUUCGAAACGACGAACGGGCGGGUGGAGUGGAGUGGAGUGGGAGUGGGGAGAGACGACUUGCGACGACGUCGUGGGCGGCAGCACAACCACCAUCACCAACAAUAACAACAGCCAACAGCCAACAGCCGGGGCGUGGGAUUGGGCCAUCCGCUCGCCCGCUGCCGCCGCCGCCGAGGCCGCAAGCCGCAGCCCCACUGCAGAUGAUGAUGAUGCCGAUGAUGAUGGCGGUGGUUGUUGGUGGGUGAUGAUCAUGGCGACGACGAUGAUGAUGAUUGGCAGUGGGCAGUGGGCAGCCUGGCAGUUAGCCGUGCCCGCCCAGCCCUGACCAACCCACAGCGCGCGCGAGCCGGGAGCGAGGCACCGGUACCCGCUUUGCCCAAGAGGCAACGCUACCUAUGCAACGCUCAUCGUAUGGAUGACGGAAGGCACAAUUGAUGAGAUGCCGUAGAACGUCGUCCACCGCCCACGCUAGAAGAGGG